CCUCACGUCUGCUUGCGUACACCUCACCCUUGCAACGAAACUUGCAAGAUACCCCGGAAACCGGAAUAUAGAUCGCGAUGAAGGGAAUCUCAAAGGCGUUUGCGCGGACACCGCACAUGCUGUCCUCCAAGGUCGGCAUGUCAAAGAAGUCCUCCGACCCCGAGUUCGAGGACUACGCGCGCCGCUUCGAGUCCAUCGAGAAGGCGACAGAAAAGCUCCUCAAGGACAGCAAAGCCUACACAGAGUCCGUCACGAACCUUUUCACGAACGCGGUCGACUUUGGCCAGCACUUCGCGACCAUCUUCCACCCGCUCGGCAGUGAGUAUGGGCUGGAAUCCAAGCAUCCUGAAGCGGAACAUACGAUCGCGAACGUGGACGGCUACGCGGCGACAUUGGAGGAUAUGAAGUCGUCUGUCGUUCCGGAGCUGGAGCUGAUCGAGAGCAGGAUCGUCGGUCCUAUCAAAGAGUUUCAGGGGAUCCUGAAGGCGAUCCGGAAGAGCAUCACGAAGCGGGAACAUAAGCUUGUCGAUUACGAUCGCUUCAACAACUCCCUGACGAAACUCCGAGACAAGAAAGAGAAGACGCUCAACGACGAGAAGAACUUGUUCAAGCUCGAGCAAGACUUCGAAGUGGCGUCCAACGAGUAUGAGUUCAUCAACACGGCGAUGAAGAACGAGCUCCCCCGGUUCCUCGUCCAGGCAACGCAGUUCAUCGACCCACUGUUCCACUCGUUCUACUACAUGCAGCUCAACAUCUUCUACCUGCUGCUCGAGAAGCUCAACUCGUUCGCGGAGGGCAAGCUUGAAGUCUCCGUCCCCGCUGCGCAGAUCGCGACCGACUUCGAGGAACGUCGGGGGGACGCGCUCGAGCGUCUCACGGCCCUCAACAUCACCCAGCGCAUCAUCUCCACUUCGCGGCUAGUGCAGUCGCAGCGCGCAGCGUCCGGCAGCGGCGGCCCGCCCUCGCUCGGGCGCACCCAAUCCUCCGCAAGCUCGACGGUGAGCCGCUCCCCGUCGUCGUCGACGUUCAAGAAGGCGCCUCCCCCGCCUCCCUCUUCUCUCGGCGCCCCAGCCGCGCCUCCCCCGCCCUAUUCCCCCCCUGCAGCCGGCUCGAACGUCGGCGCGGCGGCGGCUGCUCUAGCGAAGAAGGCCCCUCCGCCGCCGCCUCCGCUCAAGCCGAAGCCGAAGCCGGCGGUGCAGUACGUCGUGGCGCUGUACGACUUCGAGGCGCAGGCGGAAGGCGACCUGGACUUCAAGGCGGGGGACCGGAUCGAGGUUGUCGAGCGUACGGAGAGCACGGAGGAUUGGUGGACGGGGCGGCUGAAUGGGCGGCAGGGGGUUUUCCCAGGCAAUUAUGUGCAGGACGUUUGAUGAUGUUGGAGCGGGGAGGACUGCACGAUGAUGGAAGACGUCUCGACUUGGGGGUGUAUGAUCUCGCGAUUUACUUGAAUAUUUUCAGGUUGGGCGCUUUUUGUUGCCUUGUCUACGGUGGUCCUUACAAGAGGCAUGUCUGGUAGACGUACUAGGCAACGCUAAUGACCAAAUCAGGUGAAAUUCCCCCGAAUCAGCCAUGUUGCAGGGGGUUUAAACCCCGCAGAUUUGAGCACCAACCCGAGGAGGAAAUGCGUUUACGCACAUUCCCAGAGCCUCGGGUGCAGCCGUGCUCUGGAAAUAGUGUGGGACUCCUCCGGCGCGAACCAACCGGCCAUACCCCCUAGCGGUAAGCGGGAAGGCUAAUUCCCGGGGGCGGUCUCGACCCCAGUGCUUUCUGCACUUCUGGACACUGGGUUUUUAUCGAGUUGCUCGGUGGUACCGCUACGCC